UUCGCUAGAAAUAUCGGUAAUGCGUCUGCCACUCAGAGUGAGCGCGCGGUAGAACUGGACGCAAGACUAUUUGCAAACUCUUAAAUUACUAUUGUUGGAUCCCUAUUGUUCGUGAUAUUGUCUGUGGUUUGUACCGGCAUGGGCCUCUGGUAUCAACGGUAGUUUGUCUGGCCUUAAAUGAACACUUGAUCAAUAACAAACAAUAAGUUUGAUUAACGCCACCGUUGUCUAAAUAGAACAAGUCCGAAUGUGAGGCUAUUUCCUGGAUGCCCUAGGCUUUAAAGAAUGCUGAACCGCAAUCAUCAAACAGUGGUUACAUUCGCAGUUGACUACUAGCUGUCAUUCCUUGUGGACAGAGAUUCAGAAUGCGAAGUUAAAUUUCUGCAAGUUGGUAAAUUUUGUUGGGUAGUUUAACCUGGGCAAAAUGUAUAAGGUAAGUCGUAUUAGUUAUUGUUAAAACAGGUAAAAUGAAGUAAAUUGUGCUUGGACUUACAGUAACUGUCUGGUAAUCUUAUAUUUGACAGAAAAAAUUAAUGGGUUCAAAUACGAAGUCACAAGAACUUGCAGGAGAUGGACCAUGGUUUUUAAAUGAGACCGAAGAAGAUGGAGUUUUUGUGAAAUACGAAAACUCCAGACUGAAAACGGCAAAUGGAGAACUAGCCGGGAAGGUUAUCACAGUUGAUGCGCUUAAGUCAACUUCAAGGCGAUCACGUGCUGACAUUCGCUCAGUCUUGGUAACCUGAUUAGUAAUUUUGAUUCUAAUGGCUCUGAAUUUUCUAAGAGUUUCAAAAAACCCAUGACAGCAGAAGAAUUAACUCAUUCAACGAGACCAAAAAAAACACUAGCUCGGAUACUUAUACGUUUACAUCAGCGGUGGCAACUUCAACACCAAAGCCGUUAAAGCCAGUUGUCUGAAAACCAAGAGCCCAAGCAUGAACACUACAUUGAAAGAACUCAUUUCCCCACCGAAGAAACACCGCGGGAAAAGUUACGACAAUGGAAUUGCCAUGCAUUAUCUAGGAUGUUGUGAGUCUGGAGCCUGUGUGGGAGCUGUUUGUUAAAGUGGAUGAGAUGUACAGAAAAUCCGAAUUGAAAGACAUGGCCGAAAGCAAGCCCUCUCGAAGGCGAAAUCUUGAGCUCAAACAAACACAGAUUGGGAUGCCACUUCAGGGUCUCGAUGACGACUCCAAAAUUGAGUUAUUGCAAAAGCUGGUCGACAAGACUAUAUCGUUAAAAGAAUUUGGGGAAAUUGCGGCAAGGACAAAAAUGAAAAAGAAAUUGGCCGAAGUGUUCAUGAGAUAUACCAAGACAUGCCACCGAGGAGAAGUUAGCCCAGUUCAGUUCCCUCAAAUUUAAAAGGAAGGCAAUACCCAUGGAAAUAGAAAACUUCUUUCGACGAGCCGUGGAGGUGCAAAAGUUGCACAAUACCUCCACAUCUCUUUGCCUCAACGUAGAAGGGGAAAGGGGCGUUCAUUACUUCAAGAAGACUGAACUUGCAGUCGGGGUCAUGGUUGCUGGAGAAUUCUCAAGCCUUAACAUGCAGCUCAUAAAGCGAAUCAUCCCAGAAUUUAAAGGAUUCGCCCUCACUGUGGUCACAUUACAUGAGGAUGUAGAUGACCUCUCAUUAAAAAGGUUUCUGACAACAUUGCAUUCGUUAAAUGCUGGUAUGGAUUUUUACAAUGUAAUUUUCCAUUGGCAGAAUGCCGAUGUCCGUGGCAAUCUUGAAAAGAUAUCAAUUAUUACUCAAAUGGCUUUUUUUGAAGCAAAUUUAAACCUGAAGGCAAGAACACAAAGAGCACUACUUCAUAACGUGGUUUUCCCCAUGGUCAUUGGACAGUGGUCCAGAUAUGGUGAGCCACUCAACGAUAACCUAAUUGGUGACCAGAAAAUGAAUGUCAUUAAAGAAGACGAAGCAAUCGAAAAGAUGACGGAAUUGUUCUCUUUUAAGGGACAGUGGAUAUUGGACAUCUCAAGAAUAACGACUGACGCAGUUAUGUCCACUAUCCUUGGGCUAGAGAGGAACUGCCUCUCCAUUUUUGAAGAGGAAGUUCUUCAAAAGACGGUGCGCCAAGCGCGAAAAGUCAUGAACAUGAAAGAAGGAGAUAAAGAGGAAGAGGAAGAGGAACUAGAAGAGAAGGAAGAAGAGGGAAUGGGAAAGGCACUGGAAGAAGAUGAUGAGGAGACAUUGGACACGUUUGAUAGGACUGAGGGAACGGGAGACAUGCAAGAAAAUUACAUAAAAGAACCUAAAUGAGCUAAGGAAAGCGGUUUCGUAAAGAGAAAAUAAUAUAGCAAUAGAAGAUGUGCUUGUACCCAUCAGCAGCCCCUAGUGUUGCUAUUUUGGCGGCGUGCAGCCUUGAUCUAUUUUAGCCGACUGCCGUGGCCAUUAAUUUCAUUUCAGUCAUGUGACUGGCAGUGUGAUGAAAAAUAUCAGUACCAUGAAAACAACCUUGAAUAUAAUACUGUAUGCCGGGCGCAAACAAAGCACAAUUUUUUCGUUUUAGAAACAGAAAUGCAAUCGCUUGAUGGUUGUUUAUUGAGCUAGGAACAUUGGGUUUGGAAUUUAGUUUGCAUAACCUUGAUUUAGAUACUUAUAAUUUCAUAUAACUUCA